AUGGCUGAGUUGAAUUUGGGGAAAGGGUUGACUGCAGGGAAAGUGGCCAGCAACGUCCAGAAAAAACUAACCAGAGCCCAAGAAAAGGUUCUCCAGAAGCUUGGCAAAGCUGAUGAGACCAAAGAUGUUGCCUUUGAGGAGGGAGUUAUCAACUUCACCAAACAAUAUGCUGAAGGCAGCAAACUGCAGAGGGACCUUAGAGCAUACCUGGAAGCAGUGAAAGCCAUGCAUGAGUCUUCCAAGAACCUGCAGGCAUGCCUGGCUGACAUGUAUGAGCCAGAAUGGUACGGCAAAAACGAAGUGGAUUCCAUUGUGGAGGACUGUGAUGUGCUGUGGACUGAUUACCACCAGAAGUUGGUCGAUCAUGCUCUCAUCUCCAUGGAUACUUACCUGGGCCAGUUCCCUGAUAUCAAGGCUCGUAUAGCUAAGAGGGACAGGAAAUUGGUCGAUUACGACAGUGCCAGGCACAACUACGCUGCUACGCACAAGACCAAGAAAAAGGACGGGGGCAUUAAACUUACCAAGCCUUCGUCUUUGUUGGAGAGGGCCACUCCCGGGUGGGCUCAGGGUAUCUUGUCUGCACACAACGUUGCCCAGAGCAGUCUGUCCAGGAACCAGGCUGAGGAGGAGUUGGAGAGAGCCCAGAAGGUGUUUGAGGAAAUUAAUAUUGACUUGCAAGAGGAGUUACCUUCACUCUGGAACAGUCGUGUUGGGUUUUACGUCAGCACCUUCCAGAGUUUGGCGGGUUUCGAGGAGAAGUUUCACAAGGAAAUGAGCCGGUUGGAUCAGGAUUUGUAUGACGUCUUGGAGAAAUUGGAGGGAACAGACACAACCAGUGACAAAGAACCAUCUAACCACACUCUCAGGCCAGGAGGACCACCCCCAAUCCCCAAAUCUCCAUCCAAGCUAAAGCCAGCAGUGCCUCCUCCACCCAAGGUGACCCCGUCUAAGGAGAUGAAAACAGAGAACAUCAUCAACCUGUUUGAUGCUGCAGCUACUCCCGAUAUCAGUGUCACUUCCCCUACAGAGUUUGACAGUCCUGCAGUGAGCACCCUAUUGGACAUGGACCUGGACUCUUUCGGUGCAGCAACCAAAGCCUCCACGGUCACACAGCCCGCAAACUGGGACUCAUGGCCUGAGGACAGUGAUGCCCAGGAACAGAACAUCCAGGAGCACUAUGACCCCGUAGCUGCUGCUGCACAGGCCUGGGGGGAUGAUGGUUCUCAGCCCAUCCGCUAUGACCCCAUAGCAGCUUCCAAGGAGGGCUGGGGGGAUGACGGAUCUCAGCCAGUUUGUUACGACCCUGUGGCUGCGGCUCAAGAGGGAUGGGGGGAUGAUGGGCGCCAGCCGGUUGGUGAUGACCCUGUGGCUGCGGCUCAGGAAGGCUGGGGUGAUGAUGAGAGCCAGCCAGUCACAGAGGUGCCUGCCACACCUACAGCUGAGGCUCCAGCUGACACCGCUGAGGAAGAAGCCACCCCAGCUGACGCCACGUUGGAUAAUGAAGAGGGUCAGGAUGAGUCUGCAGCUGCUGCUGCUGCUGCAGCAACACCAGAAGAAACAGCGCCAGAAGAGACACCUGCUGUAGCAGAAGAAUCAACAGAAGCAGCAACAGAGUCUGAAGAAAUGCCCCCUGGCUUCAUGUUCAAGGUCCAAGUGAUGCAUGAUUAUGCUGCCAACGACACAGAUGAACUGGAGAUGAAGGCUGGUGAUGUUGUGCUAGUAGUCCUCUUUGACAACCCUGAAGAACAGGAUGAGGGCUGGCUGAUGGGAAUGAAGCAGGUCGACUGGCAGCAGAACAAAGAAAAUGCCACUAAAGGAGUAUUCCCCGAAAACUUCACCCAGAGGCUGUGAAUGAGGUGGACCAGACGUCAUUCCAGCUUCUCUUUUUAUGUCUCUCCUCUUCUUGCCUCUAUCCUUCAUACCUUCUCUUGCCCUGAUACUGUAUCUUUACUAGGACUUUGGCCAUAGAAGCAGAGCUGUCACAGCCCUGGCUGAAACCAUGCAUUUCUAAGGUCUGCUACACUGUGCUAAAAGUGGAUCUUGGCAUUUCUGUGGAUUUCCGCCAACAUUUACAAAUUACAGAUGUACGUAGCCAUUUCACAGGUGCCAGUUUGUCAUGCUGCUAUGUUGCUACUCCAUAACAGAGGAAAUUAUUAGAGAAUCCUGAUUAUACAGGUUUGAUGCAGGGAUGGGGUACUCUGCAAUGGCUACCACUGUAAUUUCAUUCUAAUGUUUUAUUUUUAUGUCUCAUCAUACACUCUCCAAGGAAUAUUUCACCACCAUAACAGAGAAAAUGUCUUUUGAGGCGUGCUGUUGUUCAUCUGAUACUGAGAGAUUGAGAACUGUUUGAAGUUAUUGAGACAAUGCCAAGUGUAGCAGAGUAUCCCUCACACACAUGAACAUGUGUGUAUAUAUAUAUAUAUAUAUAUAUAUAUAAAAUCAGUGUCACAAAGGUUGAGGGGUAUAAUUGCUAAAACCAGGCUGAAAGGCCACCAACACACACUGAGUAGAGCCUUGACUAUGUUUAAAAAGUCCUAGCUGGUGGCAACUUAACCUCAGUCUGUCUGCAGAAAGGCCUUUGAGCACACAAGGUGCCAAAGUCUAAUCAUCUAAACUGCACAUAUUUAAUUAGUCCUGGCGUUCUCAGACUGGUGAUCACACUUCUGACACAAUGCCUUUUGGACACAUCCAGCCAAUCCUUUAUACCUACUUUAAUUAUUGACUUGUGAAACAUGGGCCCUUGGUUGUUGUAUUAGUUUAGAUUCUAUGGUGGUGUAGGUAGAGUGUAGGUGUUGUUAAAUCUUAUGCAGUGAUCUGGUCAUCAAACACCAGCCUAGUUAAAGUGACAGCAGGAAUUCAGUAUGAAAAUGUUUUAAAAACUGGUCUCAGAGCCCUAUAGAGCAGAAAAGAAACAUGGCUGUCUGAAUUAUUUUUUGACAGGUGUGUGUGUUUUGACAGUCAUCUUUUCACAAGGGAUUCCAAAUAUGCAUUAGUUAGUAGCUUGCUAAAAAGCAAGCCAACAAACUACACCAAUGAGAAGCUGCUACUGGUUGUAUAAUAGUUAGGCAGAUACAGUUACAGUUACUCCCUGAUACUAAUCAAUAUAUAAAAACUGAGCCAGCCUCAUUCGUUUAAAAAAAAAAAAAAAAAAAAGUGUGCCGAAAACAGUUCCUUCUGUUUGCAUAUAGACAAUUUAACUCAAAUGCAGAUGAUUCAGAAUAUGCACCAGAGCAACUUCUUUUAUUUUUAUAUGCUGCCGAGCAAUGAUUACAUAUAGCCUAAUGUAACUAUGUCAAAAAUAAUUGCCAACUGAGGAUGGUAUGGAGUGUUUUGUACUUCUGUCAGGUUUACUGCUCUCAACAUAGCCGCAUACUGUAGGUAGUUAAAACUAUCUAAUAUUCUGUCAUUCAUUCAGUCACUGACUCAAAAGAGAUUCACAUUUCUCAUGAUGUUAUUAACAUGUAAUAAGUGUGAGAGAAAAUGUAUGUAUGUGCGAUUGUACCUGUGUGUAUGUGUGUGUGUUUAUGGGUUGUUUGGAAACAUAAAUUCUUUAUCUAUAGGCUAUUGUUAUUGGACGAUACCACCACCACCACUUACCAGGGGAUGAGGCCGUCCGUUUUACAGGAAGCUUUUCUGACCUGACAAAGACAACUCAAAUAUUUGGGUCUUUUUCCACUGGCUGGUAUUAUGGUUCCAGGUGUUAUUGUGCAUUUGUUGUGUAUAAGUGUAAUUUUGCCAAGCUGUGAUGACAGAUACAUAUUCUAUAAAGACAUUCAUAUCUGUAUGUGAGUUACUGUGAGCAUGCUGACUUCUCAUGUGUUGUUGUGUGAACACCCUUAAUUUAUGACGAUGAUACUUGGGUCACUUUUGAGGCAGUUGAAACAGGCAACUUUUAUUUUUUAUUUUCUUAAUCUUAGUAAGGGGGGUUGUGGGCUGUAUGUUUUUCCACUGCUCCCCCUCAAAUUAGUCCUGAUUAUAAUUGCUGGUUGUCCAUCAGCUUUGCCUCAAAAUGUUGCCAGGGUAUCGUGGUCCAAACGGAGUUAAACAUGAUUACACGGAGACGGGACACAUAGAGAUAAAUUUCAAACCACCAGACUCAGGUGGACAAAUUUUCUAAUGAUUUUCAGUGUUUUAACUUCUUGACAUGUGCAUGAUUUUUCAUGUGUAUUUAAAAAGCCUCACAUGUGAGAACAUCACCUGCACAUUCAGGUAAACCAAUCACCUCUCACAUUUUGCUUUCAAAUUUUAUGUAUAACUUGGUGAGUGUUUUACCUGGGUCUGGUUCUCUAUCUGUCUUUGUGGAUCGGUCUCCUG